CGGAAGGAAAUGAACGCGAUACUGGCGGUGAUAAGUUACGCGGUCUUGAUGACAGCCGCGUACGACAUCAGCGAGCAAUGCAAAAUUCAUGAGAAAACUAUCGUCAAGUGCCGAUGCAUCGGAAACGAGGAGUUUUUCUUGCCGGAAGGGUACAACUACGAAAACGUGACCAGUCUGAGGAUCGCUUCUUGUACAUUCGCGAAUCUACACUUUUCAAGCUUGACGGAGGCGAAUCGGAUCACGGAGAUCGUUGUACAAAACAUCAGCGAGAGGCUGAUAUUCGAGCUGUUCCUCACCUCGAAGAAAAUGAAGCGAUUAAAGUUAUCCAGGAUUCGGCGGAUACCUUUGAUCACUCACGACACAUUCGUCAGUUUGACAAGCAUCGAGACGUUCCGCAUCGAGGACGCGAGGAUCGACAAGUUCGAGGAACGAUUCACCGAUCUGAAGGUCGACAAUUUUUCCAUGAUCAACGUCACGAUCGAACGCAUCGACGAGCUGAAUUUCUCGCAACGAGGCAACACUCUGCGCAUAAUAGACAGCGAAUUUCGAAACGUCACGGAUUCAUUGAAUUUCGCUUACUUCUCGAGCGUCGAGAUCGUUCGAUCGACGUUUCGGCUGGGAAAACCUGGUUACGUGUUGAUCGAAGGCGAUCUGGUUUUCCUGGAAAAUUGCGUCUUCUCGAACGCGAGCGCAAACCUAGUCGCGAGCAACAGCAUCGAGAUAAACGGUACCUGCGCAGACGGGAAGAGCUCGAUGAGGCUCUCGUCGAGUAAAAUUCAGAGCGCGAACAAUCGUCUGCCCACGGAGAUCGUUUAUACCAGGAAUAAAGGAAACUCGGAAGCUUUUCAUAAUCGCAAUAACACGGUGUGCAUCGCCGGAAACUGCAAAUGCCCAAAAAGCAGCGGUCAAAGUGCGCACCGACCGACUACCUUCUCGACCUUUGCUUCUCGUUUCCUUUCGUCGAUCGUUCUUCUCCUUUCGAUGCCUAUCAUUUAAAUAUUCGGGAGAGAACAAUAUACCUUUCCCUUUCACUCACAGUAUCCCUUUUCCCUUUCUCCUUUUUCGAUUCAAUUUCAUAUAAAAUAAAAGAACACUCUACGUUGUUUCUCGUCCUCCUUGAACGAGAUUUAUACAACUUAUCUCUUUCUCGACUAAUCCGUCUGUUUUUGUAGCACCGUUCAUUUUUAUAUGUAAUAAAGAUUCGUUAAAAUUUAAA